GAAGGAACCCCAAGAAGAGGAGGCAGAGCCUAUAGUCAUGGGGCCAGAAGCCAAGGAACACCUGGAGUCCCCAAAAGCUGGAAGAGCCAGGAAGACCCCUCCCUAGACCUUCAGAGAGAGUACAGCCCUGCCGCCUCCUGGAUUUCAGACUGGCAUCCAGACUGUGAGAAGAUAAAUUAUUCCUGCAUGAGCCAUCAGUGUGUGACACUUUGCUUUAGUCACCUCAGGACACUGGUGCAAAGUGUCUCUGCAGGUCUGAGUGCAAGGCGGGGGCUGGGGGAUCUGCACCCACCCCGGUGUCUGCUUGACUUUGGUGGGUGAGGGGUGAGCCUGGGGUUGAUGCCCUCACUGUUCCUAGCCACCUGUCUUCUGCUCAUGGAGUACUUCCUGAGGGUGGGUCAUGCCUGACCCCUGCCACCCUCUUCCUGGGUCUGUGGUACCUGCCCUCUCCUGUGGUUCUUGAGGUGGGAUCUGAGGCUGGGCCACAGGGAAGCCAGGAGACUCUGCUUGUUGUUCAGGGGCUGCUGGGCCCCCGUGCCCUGUUCCCAGCUGGCGUGGAUGAAGUGGGCCCUAGAGCUGUGUCUGUGGUGGAGACCUCCCUCCCCCCCCCAGCCAUUCGGACCAUGGUGCCUGGAGGGCUUCGGCGUAGGGGCCACUCCAAGCUGGCCCCGCCUGCUGUCACAGAGGAACUAACAGCAGCAGGACAGGCGGCCAGGGCCUCCCCGCCCCCAGCAGAGGAAGCCGGCAGAGGAAAUGAGGGCGGCGGACGCGGGCCGGAGCCAGUUCCCAGGCCGCCUGUCUGAGUGGACGGUUGCCCGAGGACUGUCACAGUGGCGUCCCCUGCCUUACUGUGCCUGGGUCGGGGGCCAGGGCAUCAGGGUGCAGUGAGGGUGGGGGGUCCUCCUGAGUUUCACUGUGGGGUGGGGUGCAGUUGGAGCCACGCGGGAGCCACGCCCAAAGCCGACGACGCCCCGCUCAGUGAGCUCUCCUGGUCGUCCUCCCUUGCUGUGGUGGCUGUGUCUUUCUCUGGGCUCUUCACUGUCAUCGUCCUCAUGCUGGCUUGCCUGUGCUGUAAGAAGGGUGGCAUCGGGUUCAAGGAGUUUGAGAAUGCUGAGGGAGACGAGUAUGUGGUGCAGGGCUCGCCGGCUGCAGCAGCGCAGAACGGGCCUGAUGUGUAUGUCCUGCCACUCACUGAGGUCUCCUUGCCCAUGGCCAAGCAGCCUGGCCGCUCAGUGCAGCUCCUCAAGUCCACAGACCUUGGCCGGCACAGCCUCCUGUACUUGAAGGAGAUCGGCCACGGCUGGUUCGGGAAGGUGUUCCUGGGGGAAGUGCACUCGGGCGUCAGCAGCACCCAGGUGGUGGUGAAGGAGCUGAAGGUGAGCGCCAGUGUGCAGGAGCAGAUGCAGUUCCUGGAGGAGGCACAGCCCUACAGGGCCCUGCAGCACAGCAACCUGCUCCAGUGCCUGGCCCAGUGCUCCGAGGUGACACCCUACCUUCUGGUUAUGGAGUUCUGCCCACUGGGGGACCUCAAGGGUUACCUGCGGAGCUGCCGGGCGGCAGAGUCCAUGGUGCCUGACCCUCUGACCUUGCAACGCAUGGCCUGUGAGGUGACCUGUGGUGUCCUACACCUGCAUCGCAACAACUAUGUGCACAGUGACCUGGCUCUGCGAAACUGCCUGCUCACAGGCGAUCUGACGGUGAAGAUUGGUGACUAUGGCCUGUCUCACUGCAAAUACAGGGAGGACUACUUCGUGACUGCCGACCAGCUGUGGGUGCCCCUGCGCUGGAUCGCACCAGAGCUGGUGGAUGAAGUGCAUGGUAACCUGCUCGUGGUGGACCAGACCAAGACGAGCAACGUGUGGUCCCUUGGUGUGACCAUCUGGGAGCUCUUCGAGUUGGGUGCACAACCCUACUCCCAGCACUCAGACCGGCAGGUGCUGGCUUACGCCGUCCGAGAGCAACAGCUGAAGCUGCCCAAGCCCCAGCUGCAGCUGACUCUGUCUGACCGCUGGUACGAGGUGAUGCAGUUCUGCUGGCUGCAACCAGAGCAGCGGCCCACGGCGGAGGAGGUGCACCUGCUGCUGUCUUACCUGUGCGCCAAGGGCACCACAGAGGCGGAGGAGGAAUUCGAACGGCGCUGGCGCUCGCUGCGGCCCGGUGGAGGCGGCGGUGGCAGCAUGGACCCCGGGCAGGGCGCGGCAGGCCUUGCACUGGGCGGCGCAUCCGAGCUCGCUGCCGCCUCCUCCUUCCCGCUGCUGGAGCAGUUCGCGGGCGACGGCUUCCACGCGGACGGCGACGACGUGCUGACGGUGACCGAGACGAGCCGCGGCCUCAACUUCGAGUACAAGUGGGAGGCGGGCCGGGGCGUCGAGCCCUUCCCUCCGCCGGGGGCCGCGCCGAGCCCGGGCCGCGCCGCGCGCCUGCAGGAGCUGUGCGCCCCCGAUGGCGCACCGCCGGGCGUGGUGCCCGUGCUCAGCGCGCACAGCCCCUCCCUGGGCAGCGAGUACUUCAUCCGCCUGGAGGAGGCCGUGCCCGCCGCCGGCCACGACCCCGACUGCUCGGGCUGCGCCCCCAGCCCCCGAGACGCCCCGGACCAAGACUACGACUCAGACGGCAGCACCACCGCCUCUCUGGCCAUGGAGCCGCUACUGGGCCACACGCCUCCCGCCGAGGGCCCGUGGAGCCGCUGCGACCACUACCCGUGCAGGAGCCGUGUCAGGGACCCGCCCUGCCCUUCUCGCUCGCCCUCUCCUGGGACCCCGAUGCUGUCUGAGACUGGAGCUGAUGACACAGACUGGGGCGUGGCCUUCUGCCCGCCCUUCGAGGAUCCACUGGGAGCCUCUCCCUCCGGGAGCUCUGGGGCCCAGCCAUCCUGGGGCGAGGAGGAACUGGAGGAGGCUGAGGCCCAAAGGGCUGCACAGCGUGGACACUGGAGCUCCAACGUAUCAGCCAACAAUAACAGUGCCAGCCGUGACCCAGACUCCUGGGACCCCGGCUAUGUGGGUAGCUUCACAGACAGCUUCAUGGAUGACUGCCCCAGCCUAAACCAGACCCCACAGGCCUCCCCUGAGCUGGGCCACCUCCUGGCCCAGGAGGACCCCAGAGAGCCUCUGAUCGUGCCACAGGCUGCCUCUGUUGGCCAGGAGCCAGGCCACUGCCUCCGCCUUCCCCUUCUGUGCCCUACCCAGGGCCUGGCACCUGCUGCCUGCCUGAUCACAUCCCCCUGGACAGAGGCAACUAUAUGUGGGGGUGACAACCCCCAGGUGGAACCCAAACUUGCCCAGGAAGCUGAGGGCAUCACUGGACCCCAGUUGCCCCUUCCUUCUGUCCCCUCUCCAUCCCAUGAAGGAGCCCCACUUCCCUCAGAGGAGGCCAGUGCCCCUGAUGCCAUGCCUGCCUCACCUACACCUGCUGCCAGCAGCCGGAUGACGGUCCCCGAACUGGCCCCUACCCUUGACAACAGCAGCAUGUCCCCCGAGCUGGAGGGACCCAGCAGCGAGGAUGAAGACACCACUGAGGCUACUUCAGGUGUCUUCACUGACUUGUCCAGCGACUGCCCACAGGCUGAGAAACCAGAUGUAGUUCCAGCCUUGCGCUCUCUGCAGAAGCAGGCGGGAACCCCUGACUCCCUGGACUCGCUGGACAUCCCAUCGGCAGCCAGUGAUGGUGGCUGUGAGGUCUUAAGCCCAUCAGCUGCUGGGCCCCCUGGUGGACAGCCCCGUGCCCUGGAUAGUGGCUAUGACACAGAGAACUAUGAGUCCCCUGAGUUUGUGCUAAAGGAGGCCCACGAGUCGAGUGAGCCUGGAGUCUUUGGAGAGCCGUCCUCUGAGGGUGAGACUCAGCUCCCCACCUCCCUUGGUGGCCUCAGUGAGAAGAACCCCUACCGAGACUCGGCUUAUUUCUCGGACCUAGAUGCAGAGUCCGAACCACUCCUGGGCCCUGAGAAGUGCAGUGGGGUCCAGACCUCCCAACUGGAACAGGGUCUGCAGAGCCCACAGGGUCCCGGGCAGCAGUCUGUGCAGGCUUCUCCUGGGCCUGGAGUGCUGGACAAGACACUGGUCCCUGGCUCUAGGGAGGCGCUGCUAUCACCUCUGCAGCCCAAGGAGCCUUCCCCAGAGCCAGGUGUCUGCUCAGACAGUUCUGGGCCAGAGCCUCCUGGAGCCCAGGGCCCAGCUGAGGUACAGCCUGUGCCCAGCCCCAGCCGCUCCAAGUUUUUCCUGCUGACCCCAGUCCCAGUGAGCUCAGAAGGCAAUGGCAUGGAGCACCAGGGGCCCCCAGGAAUGUUGUCAGGGCCAGCCCCUCUGGGACGGACAGGGAGUCCUGGCACCCCCAGACUCCCACUCUGCCUGGCCCUUCCUGGCCACUCUAGGGCCUUGGAGGGCCGAGCAGAAGAGGAAGAGGAGGACAGUGAGGACAGCGACGAGUCUGAUGAGGAACUCCGCUGCUACAGCAUCCAGGAGCCCAGCGAGGACAGCGAGGAGGAGUCGCCAGCAGUGCCCGUGGUGGUGGCCGAGAGUCAGAGUGCACGCAACCUGCGCAGCCUGCUCAAGAUGCCCAGCCUGCUGUCUGAGACCUUCUGCGAGGACCUGGAGCGCAAGAAGAAGGCGGUGUCCUUCUUCGAUGACGUCACAGUCUACCUCUUCGACCAGGAGAGCCCCACCCGGGAACUCGGGGAUCCUUUUCCGGGAGUAAAGGAGUCGCCCCCCGCGUUCCGGGUGGGUAGCCCAGGCUCCCCCAGCCGGCCUCGGCGGACUGAGCGCUCCCCUGACAGCUCCACGGUGGAAGAGGGCAGCAGGUUCGAGUGGGACGAUGACUUCCCUCUGGUGCCGGCCAAGGCGGCCUUAGCGACCACGCUGGACCCGGCUGUGCCAACCCCGGCUGCGCCCCCCACACCAGCUGCGCCCUUUUCACGCUUCACCGUGUCACCCGCGCCUGCGUCCCGCUUCUCCAUCACACAUGUGUCUGACUCGGACGCCCAGUCCUUGGGAGGUGAGGUGCGGAGGGGACAAAAGGGCUUGGUGAGGGGGUGGCCUAGAGGGGUGCCGGUGGGCCAGAGGAAACAGCCCCAUUGAGGCUAGGUACCUUGUCCAGGGCCACACAGCUACCCCCAUCUGACCUUGCCCUCUUAGCAAUGCCUGGCUUCUCCAAAU